GUCCAAAAUCCGAAUCCUUUACACCAUUUGUCUGUCACCACCAAACCCUUCUUUUCUUCAUUUGCUUUGUUUCUGAGACAAGAUUUUUCAUUUCUUCGUCAAGAGAAGAAACCCACAACAAAAGUCUCGCAAUUUCAUAUGACUUUUCCGUUUUCCGAUUGAAAAUCGACGGCUUAAACAGUUUUUUUAUUUGGUUUCGAUUCAUAUCGGAAAAAAGUUUAUUUUUUUUCCCCAGGGUUUUAAUAAAUUGAAUGGGUUCGGGGUUUUCUCUCUUUCACAAUGAUUCGUCGUCUUCGUCUUGUUCUGGGAGUCGAGGUCUGUUGAAGCUUGGUUUUGGGGAUUUGCCGGAAAGUUGCGUCGCUUUGAUCCUCGAGAAUUUGGAUCCGGUUGAGAUCUGUAGAUUCUCGAAGCUAAACAGGGCUUUCCGUAGCGCUUCAUGGGCUGAUUCCGUCUGGGAAUCGAAGCUUCCUCCAGAUUACAGAUUGAUUCUCGAGAAAAUCCUUGGUGGUUUCCCGGAAAAACUGCGCAAAAGAGAUAUCUAUAAUUUUCUCUCUCGUGUUAAUUCCUUCGACGAAGGCACCAAGAAAGCUUGGGUAGAUAAACGAACCAGUGAUCUCUGUUUAUGCAUAUCGGCCAAGGGAUUAUCGAUCACCGGAAUUGAUGAUCGGAGAUACUGGAGCCACAUUCCGACUGAUGAUUCUCGAUUCUCUUCGGUAGCAUAUGUUCAGCAAAUCUGGUGGUUUGAAGUUGAUGGAGAAAUCGAUUUCCCGUUCCCAGCUGGAACCUACAGCGUCUUCUUCAGGCUUCAGCUAGGCAAACCGGGAAAGCGGUUUGGUUGGAAGGUUUGCAACACUGAACAGGUUCAUGGUUGGGGAGUUAAACCGGUUCGGUUUCAAAUCUGGACCGAUGACGGUCAACACUCUUCGUCUCAAUGCAAGUUAACCGAAUUAGGAAACUGGAAUCAUUACCAUGCUGGAGACUUUGUGGUCGGGAAAUGGAAAAGCUCGUCUACGAAGAUAAAGUUCUCGAUGACUCAAAUCGAUUGUACUCAUACCAAAGGCGGAUUAUGUGUAGAUUCUGUAGUUGUGUAUCCGAGCUCGUGUGUGGACCAGUUGAGGCGGAUUUAAAGUCUCAAACUUGUGGAGUUUGGUUUAGUUAAGAGGUUAAAAACAUGGGGGUUUUAAAGUAGUUUUUAACCUUGUUUGUAGAAUAUUUGGGUGGGGAUAGUUAGAAGAAACUCAUUGUAGAGAAAAAAAGAGGGUAAUUAGGGGUCAUUGUUUCGUAAUUUAGGUCAAAUGUAAACGUGAGUUUGAAGUUAAAGGAGGUUUUUUAUUUUAACUUUCUUGCUAA